AUGUAUGUAUAUAUAGCCGAUUUAACUAACUUCAAGGCACACCCAAACUCCGAGCUUAUGUACGAAUCAUAUCAAGCUACAUCUGAUCGGAACAAGUGUUGCUACACAAAGCAUUUUCAGGACUCUGCUUGGUCUUCUAGGUAUGCUCAGCACCAGUCCAGUUCCGUAUAA